AUGAGCAAUGAAGAGCAAAGAUCAUGUCAUGAUCCAAAUACACCAACUUCCCCAAUAUUUUGUACAGGAGAAUCCAAUUAUAACAAGUUUGAAGUUGAAGGCCCCUCAUUUCCAUCACAUAGUGAAGAUACUACUUCUAGUAGUUUAGAGGAGAAUAAGGAAACGCCACGUGGCGAGUUGGAGGAAGAUGAAGUGAAGGAAGAUUCUGAUUCGAGUGAUGAUAAAAGCAAACAGCAGAAGAGAAUUCGGUCUACUAAGUUACAUAACCACAAUGAAAGGUUGAGGAGGCAGAGACUGAAGGAAAAAAUGAAGGCUCUUCAAGAACUCAUCCCCAAUUGUAGUAAGAGAGACAAAUCAUCCACAUUCGAUGAUGCUAUAAAAUACAUCAAGACACUGCAAAAUCAAGUUCAGGAGAUGGCAAGGGGAGGAGGUUACUCAACAUUCAAUUCUCCACAGACCAUGAUUUCAAGCCCUGCACCAUUCCUACAAACCUGCCCUCCCAUGACUGGAAUAUUACACGAGAAUAGAAUGAGAAUGGGAAUGGAAACAACGGCCACGUUGGAUUUCCCGACGAGCCACGUCAAAGUUCCCAAUCCAUAUUUCUUGCCGUCGCCAGCUGGCUUGGGAUUGCCUGCACCGGAUGGAUUCUCAGCAACUCAAAGUCCAUUGGACUUCACUUUGUGCCCCACCAGCUUAGACUCUCACGGAUCAAGAUCCGUGACGAGCCCUUCCUCACAAGGGACCACGAGUGAGGUCCGUUUUUCCCACUCCAAACUCUUCAUGAGCAACUAUUCCUUUUUUACUACUAUUCUUUAUUUGGAAAUUCCAGCAAUCGAGUGCGACGAAGAGGGAGUCGACUGCGAGGGUGCUGCCGAGUAA